GUGCGAGAACACAUUCCACAUCUCUUCGGUGCACUUCCCUACGAACCGGCAAGCAGUAAAGGCGCACGAUCCAACUCACCACCUAACACAGAGCGCAGCAAAAUGGCAACCAACUGGGUAUCGGUCGGGGUACACGGUCCGUAUCCACCGCACAUGGUGCCCGGCGGCCAGGACAGUGACGGGUGUCAGAUUUUCGUGGGCCGCGCCCACCACGCCGGUGAUCUGCUGCCGGCCAAGGUGAUGCCGGAUAAGAAUGCCGCCUACGUACCGUACGGUGGCCAAGAAACGUUCGUCGACCAGGUGGAGGUGCUGGUGCAGAAGCAACUGAUCUGGGACACGUGCACGGCCGGCCAGGUGCCGAUGGGUGCGCUGCUCGGUGGCCGUACGGCCGACGGUGAACCACUGUACAUCGGGCGCGCCUACCACGAGGGCUCGCAGACCGUCGGCAAGGUGCAAUGCUCGCACAACUGUAUCUACAUCGCGUACGGCGGGGCCGAGGUGCCCGUGCACACGUACGAAGUGUUGUGUGAACGGUAAAAAGCGUCCCAAAGACGGAAAAUACAUUUCUUACGAAGCGUUGCAUGCAAUCAUAUUGACCAUUUUAUCACA